GCAGAGCUGGGCCGCCGGGCCCCCCGCUGGGUGCGUGACCACCAGGUGACAGUGUGCAUGACCUGCAGCGAGACCUUCCACGCGCUCACCCGGCGUCGACAUCACUGCCGGGCGUGCGGCUGUGUGGUGUGCUGGAAGUGCUCCGACCACAAAGUGGCGCUGGAGUACGACGGCUACAAACUCAACAAGGUGUGCAAGUCCUGCUUCUCCGUCCUCAGCGCGCCAAGAGGAGGCGGGGCCAAGAAACGCUCGCCAGAGUCCUGCAGGGACUCCACCAUGAGCGGCUUCCUGCAAUACGGCGACCAUCCCAGAAGGUGUCAGCAGGUGUGGGGCGUGGUCACCACCACCGAGCCCCCCCUCCUCUCCCUUUAUGCCACCCCACAGGACCCCGCACCCAUGUCCAGAAUCCCGCUGCCAGGCUGCACUGUGGAGGAACCUCCUGCUGACCUCCAGGGACAUUUCUGCCUGCGACACUCUCAGAGUGUGCACGUCUUCACCUGCCAGGGCGACGACUUGAAGCGGCGUUGGGUGGGCGCCCUCAAAGCGGCCGUCAGAGGCUGGGACGAUGGCACCAGCGAGUCCAGCGGGGAGGAAUGACUUUCUAACAGCAGGAAGGAAAGCUAAAGUUGAAUUAUCUGAUUUGUUUGUGAAAUGACUGACAGGAAAAUAAAUAAAAAGUUUUAACAUGA